AUGGAAUCCAGCCAUCCUGGCUGCUGGCUCUGAGCUCUCAUUGUUAGGGUGACGCUCCCAAAUAAUUGCAGGUAGUUUAAACAUUGGUUUACGUAAGUAAGGUCUUCAAAACAUUUUGGAGAAACAAAAUGUUUAUGGAGUGCUUCAGAUCCCAUGCUGCAUUUGCAUGUAGCUUAAAGUAAUUGCUCAGCUUAGCAUAGGAGGGAAUUUGGAAGACUUUGUGGUUUGUUUUGUAAAUAUGCACUCAAAAAGCAUCAGUUUUACUAAGUAUGUAGUGUAGGAAGACUUGUAUAGAUUUAGGGGGUAGAUCAUGAGAUAUAAGAAAAGUAGAUUACACUGUAAUUAGGCAAGUUUUAAAACAGCAGUGUGGAGACAUAACUGUAAAGACGUUUUCUUUUCAAUGAGGUGUUUACCAAAUGACAUUCUGUAGAGUUAUUUGCAGUUGUUAUGAAGAAAAACAACCAACAAAUGCACUGGGAAGCCAUGGUGAUGAGGCUGUUGGAAGUUAAAAUGGGAACAAAAAAGUUCCUCAGUUGAUUUAUUUAUUCAGCAGAUACUUGUUAAGUAAAAACAAAUCACAAUGCAUGUUAUUUCUGACCCUGGAGAGAAGUUACAUUUCACUUAGUGUUUUUUUCUGUCAAGUUAAAUUUAUGAAGAAAGGGAUUUCAAAGGAAGCACCGGCAGAUCUGUGCUAUUGUGACACCAGCAGUAUUAUAUUUAGUAACUUCACUGAGGAAAGAUCCCUAUUGUGCUGAAAAAAUACCAGUGACAAUUGUUUGUCAGGACUUCAAAGGGCGCUGGGAAGUGAGCUGGCAUUGUUCAGGUGUUGCACGCUGGCCCUGGUGAAUGUUACCUCUGACAGAUCCCUGCUCCUGCAGGAAUUUCAUCGGUGCUGCUGGGAGAAGCCCAUCUGUGCAGUGCAAAUCACAGGCCUGAGACCACAGAUCAUGGCUUGGGACAGAUUUGCUUGUGCUUACCUUUAUGUGCUGCCAGUAAUUGUGGUGACUUUUGACAACAAAUUUUAGUGGUUGUGGUGCAGCGGAGGUGCAGAAGAGUGGCAGCUGAGUUUCUGUCCUGAGCUCUCUGGAGUACGUGACCUUAUUCUCACCCUUAGAGCUGCUGUGGGGUUAAUCUGGGCAGAGAAGUUGCGGUGAUACAAACUUUCUCUGUAAAAACAUUGGCAGUUUGAUUGACAGAAAAGGUGUGCUGUUACCAAGAUUAUCGAUACUAAACUAUCACAUCUCUCUAGUUUAUGUGUGGUUUAUCAUAUCAGUCAGUCUUUGGGAAAAGUGCUUUUACUGCUGUCACUUUGUGAGAUGCACCUGAUGCAAGGUGACUUCUAAGCUAAAACUGUUGCCUCCAAAAGGAUGCUGGUUGCUUUCUUAGGAAUGCAGAAAUUUAUACCCUGAAUGACACUGCUGUGUCAGCAAAUGUGUCUACUAUAGGCCUGCCAGACGUUACUUUUGCAAGUUUGGGCGGUAGCUCCUCAUCCAGCCAAGUUAAAUAGGAAAAGGAAGCAAUAAUAGGAUAUACUUUUUUAAAGUUAGUGGCAGGUUGUGGAAUCCUGGGAAGUUUGCACACUGUUUUCCACUGAUGUGUAACAAAAAUGAGCCUGUUGAUAGGUAUAGUGAUCCGUACCUCCACUGGUACUGAACCGUGGGGUUUUGGAUACUGAACACUUGCCACGGACUGAGCUGAAGAAACGGGAGAUGCAGGUUGAAGCCAGGAAUUGGAAUGAAACAUGUGCAGUGUUUAAAUAAAAAAUGAAAGCAUCAAAAUAAUAUUGAUUAUUAUAAAUAAUACUUUCAAAUUUUAUUAAACAUAGUCAAUAAGUUGUGUAGCAGUAGUUUGCUGUUGGUUUUAUGGUAGCUUAAAACAUUUAUUUGAAAGAAAUUGCUUUUGUUAAUGUCAAAAUUUGCCUGUAUUUCUGCACACAUGCAGAAUGUAGAUAGAUAUGAGAACCAAAGAUUCCAACAUAUUCUUAGUGUAUACUGCAUUGAGCUAACUUUGGUAAAAGAAAUUUAAGUAAAUAAUUCUUAAUCUUCUUCCUAUGACAAGCAUCAAAAGGUAUUUUGUAUUCUACAUGAUGGCAGUUUUUCCACGUUAGCUUUUCAUAUAGCCUUAAUAUGUUUGAAUGGAACAAUAAAACUCACUUUGCAAUAGUGCAUGAAGUUGUUCAAGAAAUAAUACUUACACUUGCUGUAUGAAGUCAUUCCAGAGUUUGCUGAUUCUUCUGAAACAAAAGGCAUUUGCUGUAAUUCCAAGAAGCACUCAGAACCAAAUUGCCACUUAGAGAGCCAUUUCUUUUUCUAGACUCUUCUUAAUAAGGUAACAGAACAUCAGCUUGGAACACUAUCAUUGGGGAUUUGUUUUCAGAAUAUUAUUAGUAGCAUUUCAGUGAAGUGGAAACAAACCUGUGCUCUGAAAAGGAACUGGAUCAUGGGGAAAGACAUUCCAGUGGAAUCCAUUCUUUGGAAUUAUCCCUAGAAUUUGAAUUCCUCACAGAUAAUUUGCUAUUUUAGUAACUAAAUAAAUAAAAUUAAAAGCUUAGUUUGUGAAUAAGAAUCAGAACCUGUAAAUCUGAUGGUAUGACAGAUAUACUUCAGUAAACACAUGAACAUGUGUCAUGUUUCAAGUAUGGAAUACGUAUCUGGUGCUUGGAAAUGUGAUCAUCAUGACGUUUAGAAUGCAGAAACAAGCGUUUGGUUUUGAUUGUUCAUAAUGUUUGGGCUAUUUGCUGCUAGAAAUUUCAGAAGCUAAAUUCUUUAAUCCAAUGUAUUGAGCUGGAGAACAGGUAAAAUGUACCUUAUUUUAAAAAGCUUUAUGAUAAGUGGAAAUGUCAUCUAAUGAAUCAGUAGGGACUAGUUGUUUUAAUAUUUUUUGCGAUAUUAGACCUCAAAGGACACCUUCAGUUUGAUAAUUAAACUAUAGAAGCUGCAAUAAAAUAUGACGUUCUGGGGGGGAGGAGAAGACUUUGUUCUCUCUGUCAUGUGUUAAGUCAGUGGUAUGUGUGCUGAGGAGUCUGGCCUUAAUUUUAUUUUAUGAAUUACAUUUGGGAUUGUUUCUUGGUUGGGUCAUGGGUUCUGGUUUUAGUUCUGGAAUGUCACUCAAAAUAAAAUAGAACUGUGGGGAGUGGCAGAGAGAGAACUGUGAUGAUUGUACUUUGGUUAGAGGUAGUGGUGGUAGAAAACCUGUCAUCUCUUACUUAAUAAAAUAGUAAAUCCCAAAUCUGUUUGGUGUUACUCCUCCCAGUCAUUUUUCCAUUCGUUGCCUGUAACUACACACUUGGAACAGGGAGUUUGGUUUAAACAAGACAUGAAGGUGAUCCCCAUUCCUUUGUUCUGAAUCCCUGGGAUUGACAUACCUGGGUGCCUAGGUGAGGAGAUUCCUAACUUGUUAUACCUCAUCCGGGGAGGUCAUCCCCACGGAAAGGUUCCUGCCUAAACAGUGACUCCUGCUGCCUCAGUGUCCUUGUGUUUCCUCAUUUCUGCCCUCGUGUUUCUGAGGUGUUGCUGUCCUGAGGCAAGGAUGGGAUUUCUUUUUGCUGCUGUUGUUUGGUUUGUGUUGUGAAGACCUAGCAUUAGCAGCCCUAGUCAUGGACUGGGUCCCGACAUGAUGCCAUGGUACACUGGAGAGGUGCUUAUCAAUUUAUUUUGUAGCAGCUUGUUAAAUAGAUGGAAACCCAGUGCAAAUAUUUUUUUCUAUUUCAGUAUUUUUGAAGGAACAUAAGUAGAGGUAGAUUAAUAAUCAAGCAUCACGUCUUAUAUUUUUGCACCUUUGUUAACUGCUGCAGUUUAGUAUAGACUUAUGGAAAUAAUCUUCUUGCCUUUUCUCUUUUUUUUCCCGUUUUUUCCUUUAGAAUUGCCAAAAUGCUUUGGAAUUCUUAAGCGAUUCAAAAACUGAAGUCUCUGAGGAUACAAAAUCAUAAGAACACAAGAAGCAGCAAGGAGGAUUCAGUGCCAAUGCAGCAACAAAAAAGACAGCCAGAGUUAGUGGAAGGAAAUCUUCCUGUUUUUGUUUUUCCUACAGAACUUAUAUUUUAUGCAGAUGACCAGUCAACACACAAGCAGGUGUUGACUCUAUAUAACCCCUAUGAGUUUGCCUUAAAAUUCAAAGUUCUUUGUACAACUCCAAAUAAAUAUGCGGUGGUGGAUGCUACUGGUGCAGUGAAGCCUCAGUGCUGUGUUGAUAUUGUGAUUCGUCACCGAGACGUUCGGGCUUCUUACUAUGGUGUCAUAGAUAAAUUCCGUCUCCAAGUGUCUGAGCAGAGCCAGAGGAAAGCAUUAGGGAAAAAAGAGAUUAUUGCUACUCUGCUUCCAUCUGCAAAGGAACAGCAACAACAAAAGGAAGAGGAGGAAAAACGAAUAAAAGAACACCUGACUGAAAGUGUCUUUUUUGAGCAGACUUUGUGUCAACCAGGUAAAAACAGAACUGCCUCGUCGGGACCUAGUUUACUCACAGUCUUCCUUGGAGUGGUGUGUGUCGCAGCACUAAUGCUACCUACAUUGGGGGAAAUGGAAUCCCUGGUGCCUCUCUACCUCCACUUAAGUGUGAAUCAAAAGUUAGUAGCUGCUUAUGUUUUAGGUCUCAUCACCAUGGUUAUUUUGAGAACAUGAGCAAUGAGUUCAUAGGAUGUCAAACACCUUACUGUAUAUUCACAUCAUGAAUGUGGACUGCCUUUUGCUCCCAUUUGGCUCAUUAAGAUGCUAGCAAAACUGUUCAGUGAUUUAAGAUACCUUCAGAAGUGUAAUAUAUUUUAACUGUGUAUAAUAAAUGAAAGACUCAAAGCACUUUGCGGUGCUUCUGUAACAGACAGCUAUGAAAUGUUCAGUGAUACCUGUGAAAAUAAUUUGAAAAAACUUUUAUAUCUAUGCCUACUGUAAAAAAUCCUUAUUAAAACAACAUUUGUUAUUUUUAGUCUAUGUUCACAUCAGUGCGUGAUCACUAUAAAAGCAAACUGUCUUCUGUAAAAACGCUCAUUUGGUUUGUGGUUGUACCUGCUGAGGCUGGCACAUAACACUUCUGUAUAUACAUACCAGAGGGGUGAGAGUCGUGACUAUCAUUGAAGAAAAUGAAAAAUUCCAGCAGUGGAACUAUGAAAUAAACCAUGAAUUUUAGGCGAAGAAGUAAUUCUCAAAUUUCUUACUUCAUCAUUACCAAUAUAUUGUUGAGUACUCAUUUUCUUACCUGGGGAAAUAAUCUCUUGCAACAGCCAUUUUGUACCACAAUUAUUAGAUGAUAAAAUCAAGUUGUGUAAUCAGAUCCCUUCAUUUCUUAGGGAUGCAUGGAAGUGGCAUUAAUGGUAGCUGAACUCAUACUAAUACAAAAUUAAUAUUUUUUUUUCUAUUUUAGAGACCAAACUAAGUGAAAUAGCAAAGGCAUUUCUCUGCAUCCCUCCCCCACCCCCAGCUACCACAGAGACUUUUCUAUCAGAAACUCCUGCUUAAAUGCCAGUUUCAUAUUUGAGGUGAACAUUAAUCUUGUUUCAUACAACAAGUAUUUCCCUUCAUUUGACAUUUCAUUGUCGAGAUGUUAAUUCUAAAAGGGCAGCUAUUACUGAAUUGGAUUCAUACAGACAAAUCUUUGUUUGUAAGAAGUCUAUAGAAUAUGCUCUGAUAUGAAUAAUAAAGUUUGGAAAUCAAAACUU